UGACCGUUUUCUGCCUGAUAAAGCAAUUGACUUGGUUGAUGAGGCUGGUUCUCGUGUUCGACUUCGUCAUGCACAGCUCCCAGAGGAAGCCAGAGAGCUUGAGAAAGAGCUCAGGCAGAUCACAAAGGAGAAGAAUGAAGCUGUCCGUGGUCAAGACUUUGAAAAGGCUGGAGAGUUACGAGAUAGGGAAAUGGAUCUUAAGGCACAGAUAUCCACUCUUGUAGACAAAAACAAAGAGAUGAGCAAGGCAGAAACCGAGGCAGGGGAUGGGGGCCCGGUUGUGACAGAAGUUGACAUUCAGCACAUUGUCUCUGCUUGGACUGGCAUACCUGUUGAGAAAGUGUCUACUGAUGAAUCUGAUCGCCUCCUCAAAAUGGAAGAGACCCUCCACAAACGAGUCAUUGGUCAGGAUGAAGCUGUCAAAGCCAUCAGCCGUGCUAUUCGUCGUGCCCGUGUUGGGCUUAAGAACCCCAACCGGCCAAUUGCUAGCUUCAUCUUCUCUGGGCCAACUGGUGUCGGAAAGUCAGAACUGGCAAAAACACUGGCGGCCUACUACUUUGGGUCAGAAGAAGCCAUGAUCCGGCUUGAUAUGAGUGAGUUCAUGGAGAGACACACUGUCUCGAAGCUCAUUGGUUCACCACCUGGUUAUGUUGGUUACACUGAAGGUGGUCAGCUAACUGAGGCUGUUAGACGCCGUCCUUACACUGUUGUGCUCUUCGAUGAAAUUGAAAAGGCUCAUCCAGAUGUCUUCAAUAUGAUGCUUCAGAUUCUUGAGGAUGGAAGGUUGACAGACAGCAAGGGCAGAACUGUGGACUUCAAGAAUACACUUUUGAUUAUGACUUCCAAUGUUGGAAGUAGUGUGAUUGAGAAGGGAGGUCGUCGUAUUGGUUUUGAUCUUGAUUAUGAUGAGAAGGAUAGCAGUUACAAUAGAAUUAAAAGCUUGGUGACCGAAGAACUGAAACAAUAUUUCAGACCAGAGUUCCUGAACAGAUUGGAUGAGAUGAUUGUGUUCCGACAGCUCACCAAGCUGGAGGUGAAAGAGAUUGCUGAUAUAAUGUUGAAAGAGGUUUUUGAGAGGCUGAAAACCAAGGAGAUAGAGCUUCAGGUAACAGAAAGGUUUAGAGAUAGGGUGGUUGAAGAAGGGUACAACCCAAGCUAUGGUGCGAGGCCACUAAGGAGAGCCAUUAUGAGACUGUUGGAGGAUAGUAUGGCUGAGAAAAUGCUUGCACGGGAGAUCAAAGAGGGUGAUUCAGUCAUCGUCGAUGUUGAUUCUGAUGGUAACGUGACUGUCCUCAAUGGUAGCAGUGGUGCUCCUCCAGAGUCAUUACCAGAGCCUAUUCCGGUGUAG